CAAAGACAUGAUGAAGUUUGUGGUUCUUGCUCUCUUUGUUGCUGGUGCCUACGGGUGUGGCCAGCCCACCUACCGACCCGUAUUGUCCAGGGUGGUUGGAGGAGAGGAUGUCAGGCCUCACAGCUGGCCCUGGCAGAUUUCCCUGCAGUACAACAGACAGGGAGAGUGGAGACACACCUGUGGAGGUACUCUCAUCUCUAACGAGUGGGUCCUCACUGCUGCUCACUGUAUCAGCAGCGGCAUGGAGUACAGAGUGGCCCUGGGAAAACAUGACCUAAUACAGAAUGAGGAGAGUGCUGUGUUCAAGGGCACGGGUACCAUCAUUGUGCAUGAGAAUUGGAACCCCUUCUUUAUCCGUAAUGACAUUGCCCUGAUCAAGCUGGAGUCCCCUGUCACCUUCUCCGACACCAUCCAGGCUGCUUGUGUCCCUCCUGCUGGCUUCAUCCUCCCCAACAACGCACCCUGCUACGUUACUGGAUGGGGUCGCCUCUACACUGGAGGUCCCAUUGCUGACAUCCUGCAGCAGGCUCUCCUGCCCGUGGUGGACUACGCCACCUGCACACAGUCCGACUGGUGGGGUAGUCAGGUGAAGGACACCAUGGUCUGCGCAGGUGGAGAUGGAGUCGUGUCUGGUUGCAACGGAGACUCUGGUGGCCCUUUGAACUGCCAGAACAAGGCUGGUAUCUGGGAGGUUCACGGUAUCGUCAGCUUUGGCUCUGGGCUCAGCUGCAAUUACCCCAAGAAGCCCACCGUCUUCACCCAAGUCAGCUCCUACAUGGACUGGAUCAACGCUAACAUUGUGGCCAACUGAGAGGAAAGACUUUUUUGAUCAAAGCCACUAUGUGUACAUAAAAAAUAAAUAAAAUGCAGAAUGAUAAAUGAAAUAAAAUGUCAGCAUAU